GUCAGAAUUUAGAAAUCAGCUUAGCCGGCGCCACUUCUGACUCUUGACUCUUCCCGUUUUCCCACCUAUCACUCCCUUGGAAAAUUCAUGAUAACAUGAAAACUUGAUGGUUGACGUUGAAUACCGAAUCAUUGAACUCUCCAUUGUCAAUUCAUGGCUACUCAAACAGCACCGGUGCAGAUGAAGUUUGAACUGGCAGCGGUGUGACCAUCCGUCCAAACCAGUAUCAGCGAGCAACUUGCCUCCCAGGGUUUGGCCCACUCGUUCUCAUUCCUUCCCAUAUGUACUUACAACAUCGGAUAAACUGUUUGAUGGGAAAUAUCGGGCUGUACAGGAGAUCAAGUGCUUUCCAAUCAUUCUCAUCCUAUCUUCCUCUCCCUCCGACUGCAACGACUCAAAUUCAUUUGUUUGGACAGCCUCCACAACUUCUCCCGUUCGGUGCGCCGCCGCAGGCAUAGAUCAUCUGUCUAGACCAUCACGAAGAUGAUCGAUUGGCAGGAUCCAGAAGUGAUCGAGAGUUGCAGCUUGGCUUUCGUUGAUGUCACGUUUCUCAUGCUGGGAUUAUACGGGUGGGAGUGUUUACACUCUUGCCACGUCGAAAAUGCUUUACUUCGACGGCAGCUUUCAUUUCAAUGGCAUAUGGUGAGCAUAUGCAUGCAUUCUGUCUUCAGUAAUUUUCUUCACUCAUCCUGUCUGCUGUGUUGAGUGUUGCCGUUGCGCCACAUAUUGAUUGCGAUUGUGUGUUAAAAUUCUUGGCGUUCUCUGACAACGUCGUUGUGGCUUGUGCAUCCAUGAACCUCAUGGUUCGGACAUGGGCCAUUUGGAGGGGCAAUC